AUGUCGAAAAACUUGAAUCCUAUCACUAGUAUUACUAGUGCAUAUAGUAGAAAACAGGUUGAAGACCACGAGAUUGACUUGGCUGCUUUUGCUUCAAGAGCAAUUUCGAUUGGCGAGGUAGGUGCUAAUUUAACAAGUGAUCAAAAAUUCUUUAUUUUACAAAGAUUGAAUUAUGAUAAUUUGAUAAGCUUAGAAGAUUUACCAGUUGCUGCAACGUUUAUGAUUGAGAAGAUCGAAAAUUUGGAAAUUUCUGAAGCUCUCGAAAUCUUAAGAGAAGUCAUUGUAGAAUUUGACGACGAUUUUAAUUUCCCAGAGGAGGAUUUGAAUUUAAUUAAAAGAUUAAUCGCUUUAGCUCCUUCAAAUGAAGGUAAAGAUAUCAAAACUAAGUUGGAAUUCCAAAUUGACUCGAAAAAGUCUGAUCUGAAAACGCUGACCGAUUCACAAGAAGAUGUUGUAGAAAACUAUAAUAGUUCAGAAGAAAAUGGUACGAACUUCUAUGAGAUUGUUGAUUGGAAUUUACAAGUUCGUUUGGAAGCUGCAAUCAAUGCUUACCAUUCUCCGUAUCCAGAAGUCAGAUCAGUUACUGAUCCAUAUGAUGAUCCAAGUACCCCUGCUGAAACAUUGAGGGCGUAUGUAAUUGGAAUAAUUUGGUUGGCUAUUGGUGCAUUUAUUAAUCAAUUUUUCUCUCAAAGACAACCUGGGAUAUCUUUGAGUACCUCUGUUGCACAAAUAUUUCUUUAUCCAAGUGGUGAGUUAUGGUAUCGUAUAUUUCCUGAUGUUACUGUUCCACUUGGUAAAUUUUCCUUCAGAUUGAAUCCUGGACCUUGGACUUAUAAAGAACAAAUGUUUGCAACUGUAAUCUUUUCAGUUGCAGCCGGUACUCAAUAUAUCUCCUACAAUGUAUACACGCAAAAAAUAUACUACGGUAACGAGUGGGUAACUUGGGGAUACCAAGUCUUGUUAUCACUUUCUACUAACUUUUUAGGUUUUGGAUUUGCUGGUAUCUUAAGGAGAUUUGCAUGUUAUCCUGUUAAAGCAAUUUGGCCAGUUAUUUUACCAACGAUUGCAUUGAAUCGAGCAUUACUUCACCCUGAGAGAAAAGAAAAUAUUAAUGGAUGGACUAUUUCAAGAUACUUUUUCUUUUUUAGCACAUUUGGAGGAUCGUUCCUUUACUUUUGGUUUCCUAACUAUUUGUUUGGUGCAUUGUCGUAUUUUAAUUGGAUGACUUGGAUUAAGCCUGACAAUUUUAAUCUUGCUAUGAUCACUGGGAGUAUUAAGGGUCUUGGCUUAAACCCAAUUCCAACCUUUGAUCUUAACAUGAUAUUCAUGAACUCUCCUUUGGUUGUUCCUUGGUAUACACAAGCAAAUACUUACGCUAGAAUGCUCCUUGCAUUCCCAAUUAUUUGUGCAAUUUUUUGGACAAAUAGCAAGUGGGCAGGGUUCAUGCCGAUCAAUUCCAACGCCCUUUUUGAUAAUAAGGGGAAAAGGUACCAAGUCAGCAAAAUUUUGAACGAUAAGGGGCUACUUGAUAAGGAAAAUUAUGAGAAAUAUGGACCUCCAUUUUAUUCUGCCGCUAAUUUAGUUGUUUAUGGUACAUUCUUUGCAAUUUAUCCAUUCUCAGUAUUCUAUGAAGUAAUAGUAAGAUGGAAAGCACUUAAAGAUAAUUGUAUCCAAGUCUAUCGCACUAUCAAAGACUUUAGAACACCUAUUCUUGAAAAACUCAAUGAUCCUCAUUGCAGAAUGAUGUCACGUUAUAAAGAAGUCCCGGAAUGGUGCUUCCUUGUUAUAUUAGUGAUUUCAAUUGUUUUAGCGAUUUUAUGUGUGGAAUUGUAUCCAACAGAAACACCUGUGUGGGCAAUUUUCUUUGCAAUUGGUAUUAAUUUUGUAUUCUUAAUUCCUUUAACAUUACUUCAAAGUUCCACUGGUUGGGGUUUUGGUUUAAAUGUCUUGGUUGAAUUGAUUAUUGGAUAUGCUCUCCCAGGUAACUCUCAAGCCCUAAUGAUUAUUAAAGCUUUUGGUUACAACAUUGAUGGACAAGCUCAGAACUAUAUUUCGGAUCAAAAAAUGGCUCAUUAUGCGAAGAUCCCACCUCGUGCUCUUUUCCGUGGACAAAUACUUGCAGUUUUCGUUGGUAGUUUCAUCGGUUUGGCAGUUAUGAAUUGGCAAAUUAGUAGCAUGAAAGAUAUUUGCGAUCCUAAUAAUAGACAGAAAUUUACCUGCCCAGGUGCAACCACUUACUUUUCAGCUUCAGUUCUCUGGGGUACAAUCGGUCCUAAAAAGGUUUUUGGAGGAUUAUAUCCUGUUUUACAAUAUUGUUUCUUAAUUGGUUUCUUGUUGGUUUUCCCAGCUCUUGCUUUCAAAUGGUAUGCUCCAAGAAAAUGGUCUAGAAACUUUCAACCAUCUAUUUUUAUGGGUGGGUUUUUAAACUACGCACCAUAUAACUUGUCUUAUUACACAGGUAGUUUGUAUCUUUCAUUUGCAUUCAUGUACUAUGUCAAAAAGAAGUACUUGACAUGGUGGGAAAAAUAUAAUUUCAUUCUUUCAGGUGGUGUUGAGGCUGGUUUGGCUUUUAGUGGAAUUAUCAUUUUCUUUGCUGUGCAAUACCAUGACAAGUCAAUCUCUUGGUGGGGUAAUAAUGUCUCUUAUGAAGGGAUUGACGGAGGAAACCCUCCACAGUCUCGACUUUUUGCAGCAGAAGAUGCACCUGAUGGCUAUUUUGGUCCCAGAAUCGGCCACUUCCCAUGA